AUGGCGGCCGACAUCAGCCAUACGCCUCCCACGUACGAGGACCCCGAAAAGUCCGCCGCGUUUGACGAAGUUGGGCUCAAGACGGCGCACAAUGUCCACGGUCACGAUGUCGAGCUCGAGAAUGGACACCUUGCGGAGUUGGAGGUCGAUAUGGAACAUGUUCUCGAGAAAGUAGACGAAGGAAACUACGAUGACGAUACUUCGCCAUUUCCCCAGGUUCGAGCGGUGGUGCCGGAGACAGAUGAUACCGCCAUCCCCGUCAACACCUUUCGCGCUUGGUUUCUCGGUAUUAUUUUUGUCUUUCUCGGCGCCGGUGUCAACCAGUUCUUCUCGCUCCGAUACCCGGGUGUCCACAUCGUUUCCCUCGUCGCAGAGCUAUUGGCCUUCCCCAUUGGCGUUGCGCUCGCCAAGGUCCUACCGAUCAACCGGUUCAACCCCGAUCGCCACUUCAACAUCAAAGAGCAUGCCCUCGUCACGAUCAUGUCCAACGUCUCAUUCGGCUUCGGUUCAGCAGACGCGACGAACUUGAUCCAAGCAGCCAGACUCUAUGGCUUCAAGAUUCCCGCCGGAUUCUCUGUCUUGGUGGUGUUGUGCUGUCAGCUGAGCGGAUACGCUGUCGCUGGCCUUGCUAUUCCUUGGCUCGUGAAGCCUGCGAGUAUGAUCUGGCCCGGCGUCCUCAGCAAUGUCGCUCUUCUCAGUUCGCUGCACUCGCGAGCUAACGCAGUCGCCGAUGGCUGGAGAAUCACCCGUGUCAAGUUCUUUAUGAUCGUCGGCGGUUGCGCUUUCGUGUGGUAUUGGUUUCCAGGCCUGAUCUUCACCGGUCUCAGCUAUUUCACAUGGAUCUGCUGGAUCGCACCGAACAACUUGGCAGUCAAUCAGGUCUUUGGUAUGGUCACUGGUAUGGGCCUGUUCCCUCUGACCUUCGACUGGUCAAUGGUCGCGUACAACACAAACCCGCUGCUGAGUCCCCACUGGGCGGCUCUGAAUGUUUUCUUCGGUUUUGCCAUCUUCUUCUGGGUCGUGACUCCGGCUAUCUACUACACGAACACCUGGUUCACUUCGUACAUGCCCUUCUGCACGGCGGAUGUGUAUGACCGGUUCGGUCAGCUGUACAACGUGACGGAGGUUCUGACCAACAAUGAGUUUGACCAGCAGAAGUAUUCCAGCUAUUCGCCACCCUAUCUGCCUGCAACCUUCGCGUUCGUUUACGGUCUGUCUUUUGCUUCAAUCACUAGUGUCUUGUCGCAUGUUUACUUCUUCCAUUGGGAUGAGAUCACGCGCGCUAUGAAGGGCACUCUGAAGCUCGACAUCCACGCACGUCUCAUGCAGUCUUACAAGACCGUCAAGUGGUGGUGGUGGGCUGUCAUUCUGCUUGUGGUCUUUGGCAUGAGCAUUGGAACUGCUGUUGGCUUCGACACUGGUCUCCCUUGGUGGGGUAUUAUCCUCGGCUUUGUGAUCCCAGCUGUCUACAUGAUCCCUUGCGGUAUGAUCCAGGGCGUUACAAACGUCGAUGCGAACCAGCUGAAUGUUCUGUCCGAAUUCAUCGGAGGCUACAUGUUCCAGGGCAAGCCGAUUGCGAACAUUCUCUUCAAGAUCCUUAGCACCGAUGUUGUCGGCCAGGGAUUGUACUUCGCACAGGACAUGAAGCUUGGCCACUACCUCAAGAUUCCCCCUAGGACCCUUUUUUUCGCCCAAGGUCUCGCCACAAUCCUUGGCGCCUUGACUCAGACUGGAGUCACGUUGUGGAUGUUGGGCAACGUUGAUGGUAUUUGCGAAGAGAAUCAGCCCAACGGCUUCUCUUGCCCCAAUGGUCGCACUGUCUUCUCGUCUUCAGUCAUCUGGGGUCUUGUCGGUCCAGCUCGGCUCUACUCCGUCGGAGCCAUCUACUCCGGCCUUCUGCACUUCUUCUGGAUCGGACUUAUCCUCCCGCCCAUCACCUACUUCAUCUGGAAGAAGACAAAGUCCGACUUCAUUCGUAAGAUUAACUGGCCCCUAAUCUUCGUCGGAACCUACAACGUGCCCCCUGCGACAGGCAUUAACUACUCCUCGUGGUAUAUCGUCAACUUGGUCUUCAACAAGAUCAUUUACCGCAAGUUCUACGCCUGGUGGACUAAGUACAACUACGUUCUUGCUGCCGCCUUAGACACCGGUCUGGCGAUCAGCGGAAUUGUGAUCUUCUUUGCUGUCACAUACGGUCCAAAUGUCAGUUUCCCAGAUUGGUGGGGAAACACUGUCUGGCAGAACACCGCUGAUGGACAAGGACUGCCCUGGUUACAAAUGCCUGAUGUCGGAUAUUUCGGACCUGCAAACGGAACUUGGUCUUAA